AUGGUAGGUGUCACUCAAAUGGAAGAUGCUGGAAGUCAUUCCUCUUCUUCGAAGGAAGAUGGCAAGAAGGACGAUGAUACGGCAAGAUUCGAUUGUAACAUAUGUUUGGAUGUGGCACGAGAUGCCGUAGUCUCGAUGUGUGGCCAUUUAUUCUGUUGGCCAUGUCUUCAUCAGUGGCUUGAUACACGCCCUAAUAGACAGCUUUGUCCCGUUUGCAAAUCUGCCAUUAGCAGAGAUAAGGUGAUACCACUGUAUGGAAGAGGUGGUAAUGAUACAGACCCACGAGAUAAAGUCCCACCGCGUCCAAGAGGUCAACGAACCGAAACCCCUCAGGCAAGUUCUCAACAUUGUCAUAGCUCUUUUCAAGGAUUCCCAGGCUUUCAAUGGGGCGGUGAAAACGGUGGUGGAGGUGUGCAGUUUUCAAUGGGUAUCGGAGUGUUUCCCAUUUCGUUUUUUGCAUCAUUUUUCAAUACCGGCUUUGGAGAACGACGUCCAGAACCGCCGGCGCCAGGCACAAGACAAGCAGAAGAGGAGCAAUUUCUAUCAAAUCUUUUUAUAUAUCUUGGUAUAUUUUUCGUCGUGUGGCUUCUAGUUCUAUAA